AUGACCGUCAGUAGCCACUGCUGGGUCAGCGGACUUCUUAUUUUGCUGUCGGUGCUUCAGGUUGUGCACGCAUCGUGGUGGUACCUCGGUGUGGCCAGUUCGUACCAAAUCCUCGCAGACGAGGUGCGUCACAAACCGGACGUUGCUUGCUCCAAUCUACAAUUCUUACAGCCGCACCAGAGGGAGAUCUGUAGCCACGACUUCAAACUGCUGGAUGUCAUUCGUAAGGGCGCUUCUAUGGGGAUUGAGGAGUGCCAGUUUCAGUUCCAAGACAGAAGAUGGAAUUGUACCACAUACAAUAACACCAGCGUUUUUGGACCUGUAUUACAUAUCA